UGAAUAAGUUAAAUGAAUCUGAAUCCAAAUUAAAAGGUGGACUGCCGCAGCUUAGAGAUCACACAUAUGGAUGUAUGUGUCACACUUGAUGCUGUAGCACAUCAGUUGUAUUUUUGCAGGCUUUAAGUGCGAAAGCAUUAGUAUAGUGUUCAAAAAAAAAAUAAUAAUAAUAAUAAUACACAGAAAAUAUGUCACCUCGUAACAAUACAUUGCUGAAAUAUGUACGUUAAUUCUAUAUAAAAUGACAUAAACAAAGUAAUUUGCGCGAACGAUAUAAAAAGCCACGCUCAUUGGAUUUAUUUUAUUUUAUGUGUAAACAAAGUGCAGAACUGGAUUUAUCGCAAGUACACGCUUCCAUUUGAUGUUGUGAACCCAUUCCCUAUAAUGUGAAAAUAUGUAUAUAAUCUAAUAAAGUUUGGGACCUCUAAGAAAAACCUCCAGCAUGAAAACAUAACAAUUCGCAUUCAUCCAUAAAAAAACAUAUUGCUAGCAAACAAAAAUUUUAUACAAAAAAAAUUUGACAUGUACAUACAUAUGUACAUACAAACUUAAUAUGUAUGUAUAUGAACCUCGCAGAAUAAUGCUUUGAAAAGCAUUCAAACAUGCACCCAUGUUGUGCAGUCCGAAAUACAAUCAUUGAAAUAAGUGCAUGCAUACAUAUCUUCGUUUAAAGUACAAAACCGCGUAUCAACAAAAUGCAAAACUGCGUAUGUGAAUUAUGUAAAUUAUCUUCUAGAGAGUAAAAACCCUAAUAUUUCAAAAUGUUUCUCUUUGUUGUAAGGCAAUCGCAUACCUGCCAGUAUACGCGGUUUUGUACGAUACACGGUUUUGUACCCUAAAUUUCGACUUUGUGUGACACCGACUUCAACACCAGUAGCCCAUUAUCUCAUGCACCACUUGCGCAUAGAUGAAGAAAUAGCAUCAUCGUUCUGCGGAGCACUAUCAUUCGAUGACUCUUCUUCACAAAUUCGCUUAAAACCGGCACAGUUUCAAAACGGGAGAUCAGUUAAAGCAUUAUGAACACCAGAAGAAGUGGUAGAAUGGCUACUGCAUGUGAUGAAAUUGCGUUUUCUAUGACCAUAGAUAUGGCAGAAAUAAUUAAAUCAGAUUAUUUCAUGGCCAACAGCAUAAAACAUGAUCACUGUAACACUGAACCGACAGUAACAAAACUUGAUACUGCAAACAGUGGACACGGCACCCGAAUUGUUGGGGGCCUACGGCGGCAACCGACCAAAUACCCUCACAGACUGAAUACAAGCAUUCGAACAGUGUCUAAUGAACCGCACAAAACCAGUACUGCAACAUCCAGCAUCGACCAGAAUUCAAGAUGUAGGUAUUCCCGAUCGUCCACAUUACGCAGCAGUUCGGAUGGUAACAUUGAUAGCAAACAUCACACGAAAAGUAAUGGUAACAACCACAAUAGCCACACCUCAAGUGGUAGGGACACAGUGCCAGAUGACAGCCGCCGCAAAUAUCGCGUUAAUAUGAUCACCAGGCCGGUAAACUUUUCAGACAUGCAAAUGCGUCGCCAUAAGUAUCCGCUUACCGGCAACUAUUAUCUGGACAUACAAGAUGCCAUGAUUAGAAAGCAUCCGCCAGUCCUUCGGACAUACCUGAAUCGUUUCCGCUGGAAAUCCCUACGCUGUGCCAUCAUAUUUCUAGUGAGCACACUCCUAUUAUUUAGUCUCAUAUUGUAUUGCAUUUGCCUGCACGACGUGAGUGUGGCACAGGAACGUUACCAGCGGCAGCAGCAGGAACUGAGCAAGGAAGCUCAAAUAGAGAACAAUGACGCACAGUUCACCAGUUUUGCUGCAAAUUCCGUCAACGUAUUGCAGAAAACUUUAAGCAUUGCAACUACAACAAUAAAAUCGACUACAUUUGGAAACGUUAUUUUUACUGUUGACAAGGAAAGAGAACACCUUCAAAAAUCAACAAUUUUACGUGCAAUUAACACUCAUGAAAAUGAAUUUUCAAAGGAGCAAAAGCUCCGAACAUUUGAGUUUGCAGAGGCGUCAAAAAAUGUUUUCGCUACAGAUAAAGAGUCACACACUGAUCGUGCUCGCGACAAAGAUGAACCCAUAUUUGAGACCACAACAUAUGCAAGUGCCGAUACAGCGUUAGUGCCCACGAAUGUAUUGCAUCAUGGCGGAUUUAACGGACAUCAAAACAGACUUUUCAAUACUGUUUUUUCACCAGAUCAGCGCUUCGUUUCAACAACAAAGUCACUAGCUAAAGUUUCGCCUACCGUACCUCCGUUAGCACAAUUUAAACCAACUCACGCAAUAUCGUCUGGUUUCCGCUCAACUCCUCAGGAUAACGGUUGCUACUCCACCUCACUGCCGAUGUGCCAGGGUGUACUGGACUAUGAUUUAACUUAUAAUUCUACAAUAACACUUCAAUUUAAUGAUGAGAAAGCUUUUCAGAAAUUGGUCGAGUCAAACUGUUCGACGCGUGCCCUAGAGUUCAUUUGUGUAACUUUGGAACCAGAGUGCAGGCCUUCGCACAUUGGCAUAUUACCGCCGUGUCAAAAAAUUUGCAAAGCCGUUCUGGAGGCAUGCUCCAUCGUCAUUUCAGAAUGGGAUCCACUCAAUGAACUUUUUGACUGUAGUCUCUAUCCUGACUCCAAUGAUCCAAAUAAAUGUGAGGAUCCCACUAGAAGACGUGGCUAUUGUUACGAUAAUGAAUUCACCUGCUAUGAUCGCUCCUGUAUACCACAUCAGUGGCAAUGUGAUAACAUCAAAGAUUGCGCUGCUGGUGAGGACGAAGACAGAUGUCUUGUAUGUGAUUAUCGCGAUGAAUUCCGCUGUCGUUCAAACGAAAAGUGUGUAGCUGAGCCUGUUCGUUGUGAUCUUAAAUACGAUUGCCUUGACGGAUCUGACGAGGAAGAGUGCGAUGAUUAUGGAUCUGCAGGGGAGGACAUAACUUCCUUUGACGAAGCUGCGUUAAAUUUAUUUCCCCGAAUGUUUUCCUAUGCUAGUUUUCCGUCGUCUAAUCAAACCCACGAAGUGCGCGAAAAUGCAAAUCGUACAAGAGGCAUAUCACCUGAAGAAGUCGCAAAUAGUGUGUCCGGAGACGGUCCCAAAGGAUUUGUGAACUUCCCUGACAGCAAAGAAAUCAUGAUGACCAGCGAUACGGAGAACAAAUUCAAAUAUUCUUCAGAUACUGCCACAUCACGCCCGGCAACCUGUGACCACAGCACGGCUACUAGCAAACUUAAAGUUCCCUUUAGUGCCACCACUCCUUUGAAACCAGCUCAUUCAAUGCGAGUUACGGUUACGACUGAACCAGGUAGCCUCUUCAAGGUGGAUAAUGGCAACGGGCAACGAGCACCGACGAAAGCUUGUGCGCCACAUCAGCUGCGUUGUGUGAGCGGCGAAUGCAUCACAGUCAAUGAGCUUUGUGAUAAGAAAAUUGAUUGCCCGGACGGGGCUGAUGAACUGAUGUGUGUUUACAAGGAGCUGCGCAGUUCGACAACACCAAUAAAAAUACGCAGCAGUACAGGACGUACAUCGCGGAGUAGAAGUGUUCACACGCAGUCAGCAGUGAUAUCGACAGCAGUCCGUGCUGAUAAAAGAUCAUUGACACGUACCACAAUAAAGAAAAUCUAAAAACCUGAUGUUGCGGCAGGUCAUGCCAGAAUAAUAGAAUAGAAUAGAAAAAGUGGUUUUUGAGCAGAUUCUAUCCCAUUAUUCAGUAACAAAAGGUUUUGUACUAAAGCAGUUUUCUCGCUCCCAACAUCGGCUUCUUUCGCGAUGAAGAAUGUUGCUCACUCUAGUUUCUGGUUAUGUUAGGAAUAAAACCUAAACCUCUUCAUACUAAUUCGUUGGCAUCACUUGCACGUGAACAAGUCCAGAAUGCCAACCGUUUAGAUAUAAAAAAAAAAUUAAAAAUUGUGUGUCGAUAGAAAUUUUUACGCUGAUUUUAACCAUGCGAAAAUUAUGUGUGACAAUUAAAAAAUAAAGAUAUAAAAGGUCAAUGUUAAACUUUUUGAUUUCCUGAAAUAUUAAUAUCUU